AGGCAAUCUUAGACGGCGGUACAUGCUUUUCCUCCUGAUGUGCGCCCUAUCUCUGCGUCAUUAGCGCCACACCUGGUACUGUCUCUCAGGCCGCUCAGAAGCUUCCGCCACAAUUCGAUUCUUUCUUUCUGCCACUGUAAAUACCUGCAGGCACACAACGCCGAACCUUCCUUCUUCCUCCCCCCCAAAGAUCGUGUUGAAAUCACACCCUACGCGCCCCCUAUCGCCUGCAAAUCGCCUGCUCGCUCUCUCGACGCUCUCUACCUCGGAUCCUUUGCUACAAAAAUCAACCCGACCGAGCCGAGAUGACAGCGCUACCAAGUGCCGUCGACGUGGAAACCCCCUUGAGGGGACCCGAAUUCGACAUCUUGCGAGCGCAAUAUGAAAAAGAGGGUGAUAUGGCUGGUGUCCAGACGAAAUUCAACUAUGCAUGGGGCCUGCUAAAAUCCAACUCCCGGUCCGACCAACAGACGGGUGUUCGCUUACUUUCGGAGAUAUUCCGAGUGGCGCCGGAGCGCCGUCGCGAAUGUCUCUACUACCUUGCCCUAGGGAACUACAAGCUCGGCAACUAUGGCGAAGCAAGACGCUAUAACGAUUUGCUCAUGGAUAAGGAACCGGGGAAUCACCAAGCGACAGACUUGCGCAAGCUCAUCGACGACAAAGUCACCAAGGAGGGCUUGGUGGGUGUCGCGAUCAUCAGCGGUGUUGCCAUCGCCGCCGGCGUGGUGGGAGGAAUUCUGUUCCGGGGUAGAAGACGAUAGAGACGGGUCAAGACAGUUGAGAAGGGGGACCUCAACGUUAUAUUGGGGGAGAGUUCGUUAUGAAGGCGUUCGCACCGGCUGGCGUGGGAGGAACAUGUCCCCAUUCAUUGUUUGUUUGUUUACACGGGGUAGAUACAUUCUCAAACGGAUGAGCUAGGUAAUGAGAGCUCCGUCCUCUUCCGCAGGUCGAUACAGGUUGGGAUUAAGUAAUGUUAUAAACCUCAAGACCGGACUCCUUUACGCGCAGAUGCUGAUGAAAAUACCCAGUUAAACCGUUGUGGCGAGACAGCUGUGAAGUAUGCACCUAAGGCAUGUCCAGGAAGUGAGGCGAUCCGGACGGGAGGCAAUGACAACGGCAAUAAGUCACGAGACAGACAGGCAAUGGGAUGGCGAGGUCCGCGCCCACUGUUAGCUGUUAGGUAGUUCCAGGGCGCUGCCCACAACGCGCGCACCUAAUGCAGCUGUUUCCCACCGCCCCACAAGAUGGAAGGUACCUAAAGCUUACCUAAUUGAAGAGAGCAGAGAAGGCUGCAGACCGAAGAUGCCGAUACCUCUACCACACUGUAGGUAUGUUAUAUGGUAAACCUGGAUAUCUGCGCCUGGCUUUAAGUAGACUCGGAUUGUUGCGGAUGUCCCCACUGGC